AGUAGGAGAGUCCGAUUUCAAUAUGGCGGCCGCGUGUUCGAAAAUCUAAACUGGGACUUAGGAAAAAUAGUUUUCUCAGUAACAGUUCUGUUGUCAGCUAUAUUUCAGACAUUUUGCGAUGGCAUGCUCAUUCCUCCAGUAACAUACGAAAAUGGUCAAAACGGAAGACAUGUCGACCACGGCGGACAGCUGGAGAGAAGUGUUUGAAAGAAGCCGGUUGGUACCCCCGCCCCGCCAGGCAGUCCGCCUUGCCGUGGACAGCCACAUCACCCAGUCCCACGCCUUCCAGCUCUGCCUCAGCCGACUCACUGUAGCUCAACCCCCGCAGGAGAUUUCAGAGGGGGGACAAGAUUUGACCUACCAGCUCCGAGUGACCCUGUUUGAUAAAAGUCACCAGCACUUCUUUGGGAAAACAUGGAAGAGCCAAGCACAGAGGAUGAAAAACAACAAGAUCUUCUUCGAUCAGGGCCUCUACUUCCAUACCUCUCUGCGAUUGUCCAGCACAGUUGUGGUCUUGGAGCUGGUGUCCCUGUUGCCCAGGCCAGACGGCUCCCAGCAGGCCUUGGGGCGAGGCUUCACUGUCCUGGAGCUUUUUAUCAACAGGCCAGAGGCUCAGCCCGCUGAUGGCGACAGAAGGUUGAAUCUACACCAUGGAUCACCAAGAAACCUCCUCCAUCCCCUGCUGAAGGACGCAGUUGAUUGUAACAGUCUACUGAAGGCGAUUGAAGGUGCACGUUUGGACUGUGUGAUAAAAAACCACCCUGCCCUGGUUUCCAUGAUGCACCUCCUUCCAGAGAAUGUCCUGGUGUCUGGAGAUGAGGACAUUCCUGGGAUUACAGCUUCUCCAACAGGCGAUGCUCUGCUGAGGCCUCAGCUGCUCAAGAUGCUGCCAUUCAACCUGAACAGACUGACCAUCUCCCUCCAGCCGUCCCUGGAGAAGUUUGAGAGCAGGCUGCUGCAGCUGAUCAAUGCUGACUGCCAUAAUACAAAACAGCCAGGACCAGACGAAACUCUACGGACUGUUGCUAUCCAGGAGAGGAGGCUCCAUGUCGGGGUCCACAAUGGCUGGUGUUUCCUUGAAAAGCCCCAAGUGGUGGUGCUGGAGCUCCUAUCCUCAGGCACCAGGAGCCGAGCAGACAGCACCUCCAAACAGAGCACCCUGAUCAAGGACAGCUCAUCAACUCUCUCUCAGACGCUCGGUCUUCGCAGCAGCUUGGAGCUCAGGCUGGCCAAUCACCAUGCUUUGGCAAUCGUCUUCCAGCUGGAGUAUGUCUUCUCUGCUCCAAUUGGCCCUGAGACGAUGCUGUCAACCACCUCCACGUCCCGAGCGGCCUUCUUGCAGUGCCUUCGUUGGGGGGUUUGGUGCCCCUUUCAGCAGCCAGCCGACUGGAUUGGGGCAGAGCUUCAGCUUGUUCUGCAAGGAGGUGCAAAGCCAAACCCUCACGGAGUCAUGGUCUACAGCACAGAAAUGUCUGCCAAGACUCAGAGCCCCGUGCCACUCUCGGCUGCAGGCACAGCUCAGGAGAUCUCAGUGGUGAGGGAUACGUUAAAGUUCCGGCUGUCCUCUGGUCUGGAUAAGAAGGAAUUAAGUCCAAAGGUGUCCCUGAGGUCAAAGCAGGAGGAUGUGUCACGUCAGAGAAGGUCACCUACAUCUCCUUCUAAGGGGCGAAAAUACAUUCCACCAGCUUCUCCUCCAGAAUCUCCUCAAGGCCCUGGGCUCUCGCUCUCUCAGCUGGCAGCAACUUCACACUACCCGACCGGCAAGGCGUUGCCAUGGCAACAGUCGUUUCCUUCUCUGCUCCAUCCUUCCCCGUUGGCAUCGUCCCACCAGCUGUCACAUGUCGCCCAGGCUGGCUUAGUUGUCAGCAACAUUGCCCACAUGGAAGUGGCCCUUCAGCCGAGAGGGGACGUUUCACCUUCCGCUCAGGAUGAAGGGGACCAACUUGAAGAGCUGCCCUUCACCCCUGUCCAUGCCCCCAUCAUCCCUGUGGGGAUGAAUGAGCCUAGUUCCUGCACAGUCAGCUCAAGGAGCUCACUGGCCCACCUUUACUCCGCUGGCUUCCCUGACAUUGUGGAUCACAGUGGGCAGGUCGCAGAAGUUCUCGACCCAACUGAGCCUGUGCCCUUUGACCCCCAGCGUGAAGAGACUGACCUUCUACAGGGCAACCUGCUCGUGUUCCAGUUUCUGGCCUUUACCAGAAUACCCACAGCAGGCGUUGGUGCCGACUGGCCGGACAACAUCUAUUUCACCUUCCAGUUUUAUCGCUGUCCACCAGUCACAUCGCAGCAACUCAAAUUAGUGACUAGUGGAAAAGUUCAACACAAAGCUGGCAAUCCACUUCCCUGUGUCUUGGCCUCCAUCAACAAAGAUGGCACUGUCAACUCUGGCUCCCCGGGCCUGCAGCUGCAGUUCAGAGUAGAUGAGGGCUUCCUGAGGCCGGGAGAGAAGCGCUGGUUUCUGCGUUACCUGGCCCUCCACACCAUGCACAUCGACAUCUGGGACAGCAACUCACUGCUUCUCAUAGGCUCUACUGCCAUCGAGCUCAAGUACUUGCUGCGUCAGGGUAAACCAGCAGUGCAGGCCCUUCAUGAAGUGGAGGUGCUGACCACAGAUUAUGUGGGAGAGGACCCCCUGCUGGCAAGUGCAAAUCUGGGCCGACCGUCUGCAAUCAGCCCAAUGACAGUGCACACCAUCAACAAAGGCCAGCUGCACAUACGCACAGGCAAUAUUGGGUGCCCAGUGGAUCCCAGUAAGAGGAGGCCAGCAGACAUCAUGCCAACCACUUCUCACAUCAUCACACCUCGUGAAGUCACAGGUGGUUUCAGAGGAGGGAGCCUGUCUUCCAGAAACAUCCUCCAACUCAACGCGAGGAACGCUGCGCAAGCACACAGACUGGAGAUGGAUGGGGAUCUCGUGCCAUUGUACAAACGUGGGAUCAGAGCCGACAUCAUAAUGCCUGGAGAGCAUGACAGUGGGACGCGCAAGCUCAACUGCAUGGCUGCUGUGCAUCAGCGGGAGGGCAAGAAAGAUGCUCAAGCAGCUAAGGUCAUGGAUCAGAAAAAGCAAUCCCUAUUGACCAGAGAACUUCAUCAGAUCAAACCCAGUGAAGAUCACAGCAAGGCAGAGGGCAUCACCAACAUGCUGAGCCAGGCUAUCACCACUCAUCACCUGCUCUAUGCAAGCCUGGGCUCUGCUGAGUACAUGGAGUUUGUCCUUAAGAAUCCCUUUAAUGUACCUCAGACUGUCACCAUCCACAGUGACGACCCUGAGCUCAGUGUUCUCACUAACGCAGAGGAGUGGGGUUACUUCAAAGCACUAACCAAAACUCCAACCCCACUGGAGGAGAACAUGUUUCACUUGGAAGAGGAUGCCCCAGGACCAAGAGUUUACCUCCGGCCAAAAGAGAGCAUUCACAUUCCUCUGAAAUACCAGAGCUUUCUCUGUGACCACACCAUGGCCAUUCAGGGACCGAGCUUUCUACCUACGGGCAAAGGUUCCCGGAUGGCAAGGAAGAAUCUGUCCAAUAUUGUUGCUGCCAAGAUUAUCAAGGUUACAUUUAAAGCAGAGGAUGGCAAACCAAUGGCCAUCUUCCAGUUGAGCGUGGAGCCAACACCUCACGUUGUCUAUCAGACUUUUCGCCUUUACCACCCCGAGCUCUGCUUCCUGAAGAAAGCCAUUCGUCUGCCACCAUGGCACGACCCCACAGAACCAGACGGUAGGACUCACAUUUCAGUACGCUGCAGUGACCCCAAUAUCAUCUGCCAGACAAGGAUGCUGGUGCCAGGGGAGCCUCAGGAUGUGUACUUGAAAGUGCCUGGGAGUCCCAGUCCAAACAUAAAAAUGUUCUUUGUGAUGGUUUUUACUGAUAAGUGGAUGGCAGCACCCUCCCAGGUCUGGCAGAUUUACGUGCAUUUCCUGGAGCGGGUGGAUGUCAGCUGUGUGACUGGCCAGAGAAACUGUCAAUCGCUGGUGCUGAGGGGGAGGCAGGCUGUCCGCAAGGUCAAAUGUUUCUCAUCACACCCCCAGGAGAUUGAGGUAGACCCGGACAGUGUGUUCCUGUUGCCUCCAGCAGCAGUUCAGGAGCUUCAGGUGAAGGUGCAGCCAUGGCAAGCAGGAAGUCGCUUCUUUUAUGUGAACGCAGUGGACGUGGAGCAGAGGCGAAUUAUCACCGCCUGGCUACUCUGUCUGAAUGUCCAUCGGCCUGUCCUGUCAAAGGCAUUUGAAGUGUGUGUCCCAGUUGGUGGUGGGCGUGGCAGCUCCAGGAAGAUCACCUACACCAACCCUUACACACGCAGUCGCACGUUUCUGCUCCGCUCUGACCAUCCCGAUCUGCUCCAGUUCAAAGAGGAUAAGUUCCAGAUCAGCGGAGGAGAGAGUUAUACUAUCGGACUACGAUUUGCCCCGAGCCAGAGUCCCGGUUCAGUGGAGAUACUGGUGUACGUGAACAACCUGGAGGAGAAGACGGAGGAGACGUUCUGUGUGAAGGUCAACUACUCGUGAACUGAUGCUGUUCAUAUCAGACAGUGAGCACCAACGGCUUCCUGAACACGCUGACUGAUCCGUCUCUUUAAUAUAUUUUCUGAGUGUGAAAUGAACUCAAAUGAGUACAAAUGAGCUGUAAUUGUCCUACUUAGUGUGUGUCAUUUUGUAUAAUAUCAGUUGUCAGACAGAAUAAACUCUCUUUUUAUCACAGAUUUUGUUGGUGGAGAUUUUCAGUCUUGUACAAGUUCUGUAUUUUAUGACUGCAUGAUGGAUGCUUUGUGCCUGCUGAGUCUCACUGAAAUAGGGUCACAUCUCAAGAAUCAAACACACUGAAUUCAAAAUUAGCAGAAAAAUCAGCUUUCUCUCAACAUCCCUAAACACACAUCCAAACACAAGCGAUACACCAAAGCAAGGCAGAAACUUAACUUUUUAUGAAUAAAAGUGGAAAUUAGGUUGCAGGAGAGAAACAGAGAAAAAUAUAUUUUUUUAAUCUUUUGGAAGUUAGACAUUUUUCGCUUGUUUUUUUUUUUUUUUUUUUUGAAUCAGCAAAGCAGCAACAUCAGUGUCAAGACAAAAUCCCAAUUGUCGUGUGUCCUCCUCUUCUGAAAUGUCCGCAGGGGGGGCGAGGGUGAAAGCAAUAACAUUUUAUGGACUUUAAUUACCCAGCACACCCACUUGAAUGCCACUUGAUGGCUGAGUUUGGGUCUAAGACAAGUUAGGGGUCCGCUCUCUGGGUCCCCUUGCAUCCCGAACAACAUAUCCUCAUCACCAUCAUUAUUAGAAACAGUGGCGUAAUGAGGUAUGUCUCUACACCGAGGCACAUACCUCUUCAGAUCGCCCUCAUUAACACCAGCACCCUUUUAAACCCCUCCAUCCUCUCCUUCCUGCUCUCGCUGCUGUGUGUCUGGCUGUCUGAGACAGAGAGAGAGAGAGUGAUAGCGAGAGAGAGAAGGCCGUGCACAUUGGGUUAUAUAACGCCAAGUUACAUAAGAACCCCCUCCCCUCCCCACGCUCACUCCAUCCCCUCCCCUCAUCGCCUCGUCUCUCAUUAGAAUGCAUGCUGCAAAAUAAGCUUCACUACAGCAGGAAAAGGCUAAUAAAAAGAUCACCUCAUUGUCUCCUCUUCCGUAUACAUAUUAACAGCUAACAGAAAUACAUAUUCAAGCUCUAUUCACACAUUCAUUUGUUUCUGUAAACUUUGACUUCUUUGAUCUUUCAAAGUUUAUCUCUAUAUUAUUAUCAUGUACCACAUGGAUGUCGACAGGGUCGUUGUUUGCUGUUAUCUUUCCUAUUCUUCAUAUUGGCUCUGAAGGAAACCUUUGAGCAAGAACAGAGGACAAAACAAUCAGUGAUCAGUCAGUCAUGCUGUGAAUUAAAAAAAAUAAUAGUUAGAGAUUAAGCUUUAACCGUGUUUGUUAUCCAAAUGCUGUAUAUACUGUAUCUUAAUAGUACCAGGCGAUAAUCAUUAAAGAUCCCUCUUUGUA